UGAUAUUAAGACAUGCAAGAUGCAUGAUCUAGUACAUGAUUUAGCACUGUCUGUCGUUGACAGUCGUGAAAUUAUGACUGCGGAUGCAACUGAAGCAGAUGUUUCUGAAGUUCGUCGUUUGCAGCUAGUUUCCAAUGAAGCAACAUCAGAAAUGCUUGGAAAAGCAUUGAGCAACUCAAGCAAAUUGCGAACAAUUUUCGCACUUAACUUGAAAGGUGAUUUUAAGAUUAAGGAUUUCGUUACUAGUAAGUGUCUGCGAGUACUAUGUUUGAUAGGUUUAUACACUCUAGAAAUUCCAUCUUCAGUUGCUGCAUUUAAACAUUUGAGGUACCUCGACCUCUCAUGUUCUACUAUCGGUGAAGGAUAUGAUGGUUACAUCAAUUGUCUUUACAAUCUGGAGACAUUAAUACUGUGUCAAUGCAUUAGCGUCUGGAAGCUUCUCAAAGAUAUUGGCUCUUUGAAAAAUUUAAGGCACAUCUAUCUUUCUCGUUCUGAUAUUAAAGUGCUACCUGAUUCUGUGGUUCGCUUAAGUAAUUUACAGACACUAGAUCUCAGUGAAUGCCUUAGUUUUGAAUCGUUGCCAACAAAUAUAGGGUCGUUACAAAAUCUAAGGUACCUUAAUAUUAGAGAUUCGUUGAUCACAAAACUACCAGAGUCUAUCACUACUAUCAGCAGUUUAUCUGAAGUGUAUUUCACUUAUUGUAAACUCUUAGAAGCUUUACCUAGUGACUUUGGAGCAUUGACACGAUUGAGGGCGCUUUACCUUAAUGGGACGGGGAUCAAGUUAUUGCCUGAAUCUUGCAUUACCAACCUCUGCAAUUUAGAGGUAGUUGAUCUAGGGUGGAACUGUGAGCUUCCAAAAGAAGUUAAGAACUGGCGGAAAUUAAGAAGUCUUGAGUACAACAGAAAGGAGGAUGAAACGCCUAGGGGUAUAGAUAGGCUGACUUGCCUUGAAUCCUUAAGGUAUAUGGUGCGGAAAGAAGAUGUUCUCAGACCGGAUAACAGUGGUAUUGAAGAGCUGAGAAGCCUGAGUUCACUUCAGGAGUUACAUAUCCUGAAUCUCGAGAAUGUGAGAGGUCAGGUAGACGCAGAAAGAGCAAACUUAAAAGAGAAGAAAAACGUUCGUCAGUUGAAACUAUUUUGGUCUUUCAUUCGAGAACCUGGUUGUCCCCCCGAAGAUGGCGAUGAUGAGUGCAGUAUCAGCAGAAGUAUCAAUGAUGGUUUGGUGUUGGAAGGUCUUCAACCUCACCCUAAUCUGAAAAUACUGUAUGUGCUUGGAUUUUACGGUUCAUGGCUUCCAAAGUGGAUGGGUGGUGGUAUUAAUUCUUGUAUUCCGAAUCUGGUGGAAUUGCACUUUUCAUGUUGUGAAGGUUGUGACCAACUUCCAGCGCUAGGUCUGCUGCCAUGUCUUAAGGUUCUUUGGAUGACUGGAAUGAAGACUGUGAAAUGUUUGGGUAAUGACUUUUAUUUUGAAGAAAAGGGAGGAGAAGAUGGCAGUAGUUACUCGAUGAAGAAAGCAAACCCGGCUACUGUUAUAUCAUUCCCUUCGUUGACUAAGCUGAUCAUCCAAAGCAUGAAUAACUUAGAAGAGUGGGUUUCUCCUCCUUCACCUUGUAAAUCCUUUCCUCGCCUUGAGGAGCUGAGUAUCAGUUACUGCAAAAGGUUAAAAACCACGCCUAGCCAUUUUCCUUCCCUGAAGAAAUUGGAAUUAGAGGGCAUCAGUGACCAGGAUUUAAUCUUAAUGGCCAAUAGAGGCCUGACCUCUUUUAGAUCUCUUACUAUAAGGAAUUCUCCCGAGCUGAUAAUUUUCCCACAAUGCCUACUCCUUAACAAUUAUCAUCUUCAAUCUCUAGAAAUCUUGUGCUGUGAAAAGUUUCAAGGUUUUCGUCUAAAUGAGGCUGAAGCACUAUCAUGCCCCGAAGGCAACUAUACCAGCAACAUCCGCUUUUUGAAGUUAUUUGCAUGCCCUGCUGUAACAUUUCUGCCGAUCUUGGAAUUCUGGACUUCUAUCCGGGAAAUAAGUCUUAAAGAUUCUGGAAGACUCAAAGGAGUGCUGAAAAUUGAUCCACCACAAGGACAAUGAAAUUCCUGUAAAGGCUGCGCUGUAGUGAUGCUGCACAAUGAAGGAGAUGUGAGUUAUCAUGAAAGAUGCAGUUCUUUGUUCGGCUAGCUGGAGUAUUGCGACGGCCAUUCAAAUAGUAUCACUAUUGUUCCUACGGCUUCCCAUUCAAGAAGAUCUAUAUGUGGAUGCAGGGCAAUUUCCUCAACUUCUGGCAAGUAUGAUACAUAUAUUUAAAGCGUCUAACGACAUUGGUGAACUGAAAGUCAAUGAGCCAAAGAAAGCUAGAAAAACUAAAUCUGCCAAGACAGAGGAUGCUGAACAAAUUACCAAGCCUACGGGCAGAAAAAGUCGCAACUCAAAGAAAGCUGGACAUUGUGAUGCAGAAAUCAAUUAACACAAGAUCUUUGCUCAAUCCAGAACCAAAUUUUUUGCGGAAGAAGUACCAACAAACUCUAAACUCAACCGAAAAAUAUCUUUCCGUAGAAGGGAAAUUAUUUUUAACAAAAAUGUGAUAACAAGAUCUUUCCAGUUAUGAGAAAAAUAUAUGUGUACAGUCUACAAUGAUAUUUGAAUCUGAGAUAUCUGCUGCCAGUAUAUUGAAAAGAAUUAUAUUUGAUGCA